AUGUUCGUCCCCGUUGUUUCUUCUACUCAAAUCCCUCGAUAUACCUUCCAAAACAUCGUACCUCAUCGGUCAAGGGACUGUCAGGUGCUGGUGAGAUCGAUAUUUGCGCUCUCGGCGCGGCACUUGGGGCAAACCCACCCCGACCUCAGCCAGAGGAAGCGAUAUAACCAGCUGGCAGACACGCACAAUGCGGCUUGCAUCAACAUCAUGAAGUGCCUCUUGACGAGCAAAAACUACAAAUCCAUCUGGACCGAGCAUCUUUUUGCCGCAACCAUCAUCCUCCAGGUCAUGGAAGAAAUGAACGCUGCCCUACGCGACGAGACCGACAGCGACGUGGACGAAACGCACGAGGCCUUGAAGCGUGGACACUUGCCGGGCAUGUACCGGUUUGUCGGCGUGCAGUCGUUUGGGCCGGGCACCCUCGGCGCGGCAUCGUUCUGGGUCGGUCUGCGGCAGGAGAUCUACAUCGCCGUGACCAAGCGACAGCCGGUGUGUCUGUACCUCGUGCAUCCGGGGCUCGUGGACCGGUCGCUCGACGAGCCGCCCGAGGACGACUUUGCGUGGGCCAACGUGGCCGUGGUGCACUGUGCCGACGUCGUCAACUUUUGGCUCGCCCCCGAGAAGCAUGAGCCGCAGUCGUGGGACGAGUUGAAUAACUGGAAUCGGCGCUGGGCUGAGAAGCUGCCGCCGUCGUAUGAUCCCUUCUUUACGGAACCGCCGGGGGCGAGUGUUUUCCCGGGGAUUUGGUAUCAUCAAGGUUGUCAAGGCAAGUGGGAUUUCGGGUUUCCGUUUUGUUUGAGCAUGGGGGCUGACGAAAUGUGUCUCGUGCCAACAGUUAUUGGUGUACAACACCACAGGUUGGCAAGGCUGUUUUUGUUGGACCACCGUCUGAGACCCGGUAACCUGAUGAAAGCCAAGGAGAGAGCCAGUAUUGAGGAACGUAUUCGCAAAACCGUCCGGGAGAUCUGCGCCGUAGGGCGUGGGAACCAGUUCACUCCGCCGGGCAUCUUCACAGCGUGUAUGGCGAUAUCGGUUUUUGGGCACUAUUUCGACCGAGUCGAAGAGCAAGACGCCAUGCUCGAAAUUUUGGAGCAAACCCAAAGAGACUAUGCUCGGCCCACCGGGAGUGUGAGGCGAGAAAUGCUCCAGGCCUGGGGGCGGCAUACCGGCGUGUCCAAGUCGUCGGCCAUGAUGCACGUGAACGGCAACGGUGUUAUGAACGGCAACGGCCAUUAA